AUGCUGGAUGGACUCCGUCGGAGGCACGGCUCUCACCCUUCCCCCCGACCCCUGUCACUCAACUUCACUGCCUUCUCAGCCCCGCCCCCAAGCCCUGAUAUUGACAGCAGUGAUCAUCCAAUCAGGAGGUGAGAAUCAACUCCAAGGAUUAACAUUCAAAAUGUGCCUUCUGGUUAGCCCUCUUAUGAGGGUGGUCAUAAAACUAUAGCCAGUCUGAAAUCAACCCCUAGCCCCAUUCCUUAUGUAGCGGAUGGCAGAUGGCGCUACAGAGAGUUGCCCUACAAUCUGAUUGGUACAACUAACAUGGAACUAAUUGGAAACUUGAAAAUAAUUGAUGGAUGUAAUAGGGCAGAAUUACAUUGUGGUGGCAUGUUAUGGGUAUGCUUGUCAUCGGCAGGGACUGGGGAGUUUGUUAGGAUCAAAAUAAAUAUGAAAGGAGCAAAGCCCAGGUUAGAGGAAAACCCACCUCAGUCUUCUGAAAACCUAACCUUGGGAUAGUGUUUUAUUUUUCAACAAGACAAUCACACAAAUGUUUAUGCCAGACACCCCAGAAUGGCUUUCCAAGAGGUGUUGAGUGUUCCUGAGUGGUCUAGUCUCAGUUCUGACUUAAAUUUGCUUGAAAAUCUGAGACAAAGUUUGAAUAUUGCUGUCCAUCAAUGAUUCUCAACGAGCUUGAGCAAUUUUGAUAAAAACAAUGUAUACACUACCGGUCAAAAGUUUUAGAACACCUACUCAUUCAAGGGUAUUUCUUUAUUUUUACUAUUUUCUACAUUGUAGAAUAAUAGUAAAGACAUCAAAACUAUGAAAUAACACAUAUGGAAUCAUGUAGUAACCAAAAAGUGACUGUACGUACAUACCCCAACCAGAAGCCAUGGAUUACAGGCAACAUCCGCACUGAGCUAAAGGGUAGAGCUGCCGCUUUUAAGGAGUGGGACUAUAACCCGCGAGCUGCCCAGUGACACGAGCCUACCAGACGAGCUAAAUCACUUCUAUGCUCGUUUCAAGGCAAGGAACACUGAAUCAUGCAUGAGAGCACUAGCUGUUCUGGACGACUGUGUGAUCACGCUCUCCGUAGCCGAUGUGAGUAAGACCUUUAAACAGGUCAACAUUCACAAGGCCGCAGGGCCAGAUGGAUUACCAGGACGUGUACUCCAAGCAUGCGCUGACCAACUGGCAAGUGUCUUCACUGACAUUUUCAACCUGUCCCUGACUGAGUCUGUAAUACCAACAUGUUUCAAGCAGACCACCAUAGUCUCUGUGCCCAAGAACACUAAGGUAACCUGCCUAAAUGACUACAGACCCAUAGCACUCACGUCUGUAGCCAUGAAGUGCUUUGAAAGGCUGGUCAUGGCUCACAUCAACACCAUUAUCCCAGAAACCCUAGACCCACUCCAAUUUGCAUACCGCCCCAACAGAUCCACAGAUGAUGCAAUCUCUAUUGCACUCCACACUGCCCUUUACCACCUGGACAAAAGGAACACCUACGUGAGAAUGCUAUUCAUUGACUACAGCUCAGCGUUCAGCACCAUAGUGCCCUCAAAGCUCAUCACUAAGCUAAGGGCCCUGGGACUAAACACCUCCCUCUGCAAUUGGAUCCUGGACUUCCUGAUGGGCCGCUCCCAGGUGGUGAAGGUAGGUAACAACACAUCUGCCACGCUGAUCCUCAACACGGGGGCCACUCAGGGGUGCAUGCUCAGUCCCCUCCUUUACUCCCUGUUCACCCAUGACUGCAUGACACAACAGUGGUAGGCCUGAUCACCGACAACGAUGAGACAGCCUAUAGGGAGGAGGUCAGAGACCUGGCCGUGUGCCAGGAUAACAACCUCUCCCUCAACGUGAUCAAGACAAAGGAGAUGAUUGUGGACUACAGGAAAAGAAGGACCGAGCACGCCCCCAUUCUCAUCGACAGGGCUGUAGUGGAGCAGGUUGAAAGCUUCAAGUUCCUUGGUGUCCACAUCACCAACAAACUAUCAUGGUCCAAACACACCAAGACAGUCGUGAAGAGGGCACGACAAAGCCUAUUCCCCCUCAGGAGACUGAAAAGAUUUGGGUCCUCAGAUCCUCAAAAAGUUAUACAGCUGCACCAUCGAGAGCAUCCUGACUGGUUGCAUCACUGCCUGCUAUGGCAACUGCUCGGCCUCCGACCGCAAGGCACUACAGAGGGUAGUGCGUACGGCCCAAUAGAUCACUGGGGCCUAGCUUCCUGCCAUCCAGGACCUCUAUACCAGGCGGUGUCAGAGGAAGGCCCUAAAAAUUGUCAAAGACUCCAGCCACCCUAGUCAUAGACUGUUCUCUCUGCUACCGCACAGCAAGCGGUACCGGAGCGCCAAGUCUAGGUCCAAACGGCUUCUUAACAGCUUCUACCCCAAGCCAUAAAACUCCUGAACAGCUAAUCAAAUGGCUACCCGGACUAUUUCUUAAAACUGCAUUGUUGGUUAAGGACUUGUAAGUAAGCAUUUCACUGUAAGGUCUACUACACCUGUUGUAUUCGGCGCAUGUGACAAAUACAAUUUGAUUUGAUUUGAAAAGUGUUAAAUAAAUCAAAAUAUAUUUUAUAUUUGAGAUUCUUCAAAUAGCCAACCUUUGCCUUGAUGACAGCUUUGCACACUCUUGGCAUUCUCUCAACCAGCUUCAUGAGGUUUCAUGGAAUGCAUUUCAAUUAACAGGUGUGCCUUCUUAAAAGUUAAUUUGUGGAAUUUCUUUCCUUCUUAAUGCGUUUGAGCCAAUCAGUUGUGUUGUGACAAGGUAUACAGAAGAUAGCCCUAUUUGGUAAAAGACCAAGUCCAUAUUAUGGCAAGAACAGCUCAAAUAAGCAAUGAGAAACGACAAUCCAUCAUUACUUUAAGACAUGAAGGUCAGUCAAUACGGAACAUUUCAAUAACUUUUUAAGUUUCUUCAAGUGCAGUCACAAAAACCAUCAAGCGCUAUGAUGAAACUGUCUCUCAUGAGGACCGCCACAGGAAUGGAAGACCCAGAGUUACCUCUGCUGCAGAGGAUACGUUCAUUAGUGUUACCAGCCUCAAUCAGAACUUGCAGCCCAAAUAAAUGCUUUUCAAGUAACAGACACAAUAAAUGCUGUUCAAGUAAUAGACACAUCUCAACAUCAACUGUUCAGACGGGACUGUGGGAAUCAGGCCUUCAUGGUCGAAUUGCUGCAAAGAAACCACUACUAAAGGACACCAAUAAGAAGAAGAGACUUGCUUGGGCCAAGAAACACGAGCAAUGGACAUUAUACCAGUGGAAAUGUGUCCUUUGGUCUGGAGUCCAAAUUGGAGAUUUUUGGUUCCAACCGCUGUGUCUUUGCUAGUCGCGGUGUGGGUGAACGGAUUAUCUCCCCAUGUGUAUUUCCCACCGUAAAGCAUGGAGGAGGAGGUGUUAUGGUGUGGGGGUGCUUUGCUGGUGACACUGUCUGUGAUUUAUUAUCAACCAAAAAACAGAGCAAAUUGGAUUGCUAUCUGGCCCUAAACAGAGAGUACACAGUGGCAGAAUACCUGACUACUGUGACUGACCCAAAAUUAAGAAAAUCCAUGACUAUGUACAGACUCAGUGAGCAUAGCCUUGCUAUUGAGAGAGGCUGCCGUAAGCAAGAGAAGACAGAAUAUGUGCCCACUGUCCACAAAAUGAGGUGGAAACUGAGCUGCACUUCCUAAUCUCCUGGCAAAUGUAUGACCACAUUAAAGAUGCAUAUUUCCCACAGAUCACACAGACCCACAGAAUUUGAAAACAAAUCAAACAUUGAUAAACUCCCAUAUCUGUUAGGUGAAAUACCGCAAUGUGCAAUCACAGCAGCAAGAUUUGUGGCCCAUUGCCAUGAGAAAAGGGCAACAAGUGGAGCUCAAAUGACAUUGCAAAUUCCACCAAUAUUUAUUUAUCUUCCCCCACUAUUCGUACUACAACUAUUUGCAGAUUGCUAAAACACUGUACAUAGCUGAUAAUAUAACACUUGAAAUGUCUUUAUCUUUUUAAACCUUUUUGAGUGCAAUGUUUACUGUUCAUUUCUAAUAUUUUUUUGAUGUUGUUAAAUUUGUUUCUUCUCACUUUUAUUUAUUGUUUAUUUCACUUGCUUUGGCAAUAUAAACAAAUGUUUGCCAUGCCAAUAAAACCCCUUGAAUUGGGAGAGAGGGAGAGAGGGGAUAAGCAAUAAAGUCACACCAUGGCCCACCCCUUGCAAAGGACAGCUCUGCUCCUUCUUCCUCCUCUCUCUCUCUCUCUCUCUCUCUCUUCUCCUCACUCUCUCGUUCAGUCUUCUGGUCUCUGCCUCGACCAGAUGCCAGAUGUCGUCUCUCUUUUCCUCUUUCACAUUCCUCUUUCUUCCUUCUCUUCUCAUCCUGCCCUCUCUCUACUCCCCUAUUUUCAUUGUCUUCUUUUAGAAUUUCAGUCUCUAGUCUUUGCUUUAGCUCAGUACUUAGUGUGCUGUCUCUCUCUCUCCCUCCCUCUCUGCCGUCAUGAGGACUCUACACAGGCUGAAGUUGAUGAGCUCCCCUAGUCUCGGUGAACUGGGAAAGAGUGAGAAGGGAUCACCGGAGGAGAGAGGAGAGAAACAGAAGAGGGCCGGAGCCAACGCUACCUGGAACAGGUAUGCUGCAGCCUGACCAUGCAUGUAGUCUGUGCUUGUUACAGAUGUAGGAUCUUAAUUUGAUCACCCUGUUGCAGGAUAACUUUACUUCACUGCAGGAAAUGUAAAACAUGUAGUGUAUUUGAGGUUUAAAAAGGCUUCUGAAGUUUGUAAUUUCCACUUAGAAAUUUCAGACUUGAUUUUCCCUUAUGAAAAAUGUAUCAACCCCUACAAUAAUGUCCAUUAAUUAUAAUUCACAUUUCCUGUUGCUGCAGGAUUGUUUUCCUGCUUUAGCAAACUGGCUCAUAUUAAGAUCCUACAUUUGUAUGAAUAUGAACUAUCCUCUAAUGGGUAAAUGUAAUCAAAAUGGUACAUGUUGACGUUUGUGUGUGUGUGUUCACUAGCAUCCACAAUGCUGUCAUUGCCGUCUUUCAGAAGAAAGGUCUGGCUGACAAUGAACUCUAUGUCCUCAACGAAGGUGUCAGGUGAGUUAUAAACACUAAUAAACACACACAUCUGUUUGCUAGCAUGGCAUUUAUCUGCUGCGUGUGUGUGUGUGUGUGCAUGUUUGUGUCUGUGAAGCCAUGUGGCCUUGCCAGAUGUCUCAUUAUCUUUCCAGACGUGACAUUAGAGCCGUCAGUUCUGUCAUAUCAGCCUCCAUUAUAACCCAGUAAACAACUGAAAUCACACGCAUCACACACUAGGUAAGCUGAGUCAAUCAUAGGGUCUAUUCCUAACACUGUUUUAACAUGUACUUACCACUGGAAACAAACAUGAACAGUAUGUUUAAAAGAGAAAGCUGGGUUGCACUUACCCAGAUACCAUGCAGUUGUAUAAGACUUACUUUACAUACCUUGGUAUGAAUACAUGUACCUACACAGUAAUAUACAUGUACUUACACAAUAAUAUACUAGCAUCUAAUUUUACAUAGUUGGUUUUGAAGCUUUUUGCCUGUUUUGUGUUAUCAGUGUAUUGCACUAGUGAAAUGUAGCCUAUAGCUCUAGUGGGUGAACUCUUGUCUUUGUUUACUCAGACACCUAUUGAAAACAGAGCUGGGGUCGUUUUUCACAGAAUACCUCCAGGUAAGUGAUGGUUCUGCUAAAUGGUGAAAUAAUAUCAUGGAUAGAUUGUUUCUGACUGAGCCAUAAUAUAAUUGUUUAACAAAACUUUAAUUGAACCUCUCUGUCCCUCAGAACCAGUUGCUGACAAAGGGCAUGGUCAUUCUACGGGACAAAAUAAGAUUCUACGAAGGUAUUUGUGGUGUCUCACUGUUCAUUGAAUAUUAGUAGAUGUGUUUACAGAGUGACACAGUAGAGAGCAGUCAGUGCUACAAAGAAGAAUAGUUGAACUGAAGCUUACAUUACCUUUGUCAGGGUCUGUGAUGUUCUGUGUUUAACACGCCAAAGUCAUCUGAGGCCGUAGGUCCCAUGCAGCUGUGAGUUGUGAGAUUAUUCUCCUACUAACAGCAGUCAGUUUGUUCCUCCUGUUGGUGUGCAGGUCAGAAGUCACUGGACUCUCUGGCAGAGACAUGGGACUUCUUCUUCUGUGAUGUUCUCAACAUGCUACAGGCCAUCUUUCACCCAGUACAGGUAUCAAUCCCCUGACUCUUCUCCUUCAUCUCUCUGUCUCUGUCUGUCUCUAUCUCUCUCUGUCCUGGCUCACCCUGAAUCUCUCUCUCUCUCUCUCUCUCUCUCUCUCUCUCUCUCUCUCUCUCUCUCUCUCUCUCUCUCUCUCUCUCUCUCUCUCUCUCUCUCUCUCUCUCUCUCUCUAUCUAUCUCUCUCUCUCUCUCUCUCUCUCUCUCUCUCUCUGUUUCUCUCUCAGCAGACAAUAAAUAAUAAUUAAAGCUACGUUUUCAUAACCUUAUAUCCCCCUCUCUUCACCCUUUGCUCCAUUCUUCGGUCUAUCUCUAUCCUUCUCCUCUCCUGUCUGCAGGGUAAGGAGCCCAAUGUGAGACAGCUGGCUCUGCUCCACUUCAGGAACACCAUAGUUCUGAGUGUGAAGCUGGAGGACGCUCUGUCUCGACCCCGCGCCCGCAUUCCCCCCUCCGUCACACAGAUGCUGCUUAUACUGCAGGUAGGUACAAUACGCCUCUCUAUCGUUCUCUCUCUCUUUAUCGCUCACUUACUUUCUCUCUUUUUCUUUCUCUCUUUCGCUCUCUUUUUCUGUCUUUAUAUAUUUGAGUCUUUAUCUCUCUCUCUUUUGCUCUCUCUUUAUCUCUCUCUCUUUAUCUCUCGCUCUCUCUCACACACACAUGCUCUGACCUGUCUCCUCUCUCUCCCUCUAGGGUGUCCAUGAGUCGCGGGGUGUGAGUGAGGACUACCUGCGUCUGGAAUCUCUGGUCCAGAGGGUGGUCUCUCCUUACCUGGGCACCCACGGCCUCUACUCUGGAGACGGCAGCGUGGCACACUGCUCCUGUGUGAUUGGUAAGAAGCGCACACUGUGCUGUUCACUCUUCUCCCACUAGGUUUUCUCUCUCCUUUGCUUUCUCUUCUCUUUCUCUUGCACACUAUGUUCCUCCCUCACAGAGAAGCAUUUGCAGUGGUGCUGGCCUAAGCAGCCUGUGGACCAGCCAUCUAAGAGCCCAGUGGUCCGUUCUAAGAGUUAUAACAUCCCUCUCCUCCUGACGCCCGUGGCAGAGUGUGACCCUGAUGCCAGCUCGGUGGGCAGCGGGGGCAUCCGACGCCACUCUGCCUGUGAGAUCAUCUCCUGCCUGGAGGAACAGGGGCUGGCCUAUGCCAACAUGGCCUCCAGGUCCAAUGCAUCCACCUCCAGCGCCUCUGCUAACAGGCUCUGUGUGGUUCCACAGUUCAGAGGUAGGUCCUCUGUCCUCCUCACUAGGUUACGUUAUGCAUACACUACAAACUGCCAGAGGUGCAGGGUGGAAAAGUUGCCAUAGUAGGAAAAAUAAGAAAAUACUCUUGCCAGACUGUAUGAUCCUAACCCACAACCUUCCCUCUGGCAGGAACCAUGGAGUCUCCUCUCCCCUCCCACUCCAUCCUCCACUGCCCAGGAACCCUCCAUGGGACGCAGGCAACAAUGACCCUUACGGACAUGGCCAAGGCUACCCGCUCCUCUCCCCCCAGCGGAUCCUCCAGCCCGGAUACCGUCACUGGACAGGUGCUGGAGUCCCUGGACUUAGAUUCAGAUGGGAUAUUCAUAGAAUUCCCACCCCGCUGCUCA